AUUAGUGGCGGGCUUGUAAGGGGCGGAGCUAUAUAAGCGCGGCUCAGCGGCAGUCGUUGUAUUGUUAGAGCGGAAACCGCACCCGGGCACGUGAUUCCACACCCGUGCAGCCGCCACCGAGACCACCAUGGGGGACAAGAUGGACAUGUCCCUGGACGAUAUUAUCAAGAUGAACCGGAGCCAGAGGCCGGCUGGCAGGGGCCGGGGAGGUCGAGGGGCCCGAGGUGGCGCCUCCCGUGGUGGAGCAAUAGGCCGCAUUGGAGGAGGUGGCGGCCGAGGAGGCAUAGGCGGAGGCCCGGUCCGGACGAGGGCGAUGCUCAGCCGAGGUGGCAGGAACCGACCAGCACCUUACAGCAGGCCCAAGCAGCUCCCGGACAAGUGGCAGCACGAUAUGUUUGACAGUGGGUACGGUGCUGGGGCUGGAGUGGAGACCGGAGGCAAGCUGCUGGUGUCCAACCUGGAUUUUGGGGUUUCGGAUGCGGACAUUCAGGAGCUGUUUGCAGAGUUUGGCACCCUGAAGAAGGCAGCCGUUCACUAUGACCGAUCCGGCAGAAGUUUAGGUACUGCCGAUGUGCACUUUGAAAGGAAAGCGGAUGCACUAAAGGCAAUGAAACAGUACAACGGCGUACCGUUAGAUGGUCGUCCUAUGAACAUUCAGUUGGUUACAUCACAGAUAGAAGCACAGAGAAGACCUAUACAGAGUCAAAGUAGAGGUGGAAUGACAAGACCACGAGGGGGCCCCACCGGGUUUGGUGUGGGUGGUGGGAUCAGAAGAGGAGGCGGCAGGGGUGGAAGCCGGGGCCGUGGACGGGGAGCAGGCAGAAACACAAAGCAACAGUUAUCGGCAGAGGAGCUGGAUGCACAGCUGGACGCCUACAAUGCCCGGAUGGACACCAGCUAAUCCCUCCCCUCCUGUUCCUGCACUUCUGGCUUUGAAGUUGUUUCUACACACCUCUGUUUUUUGCUUUUAUUUCUGAUAGGUUUUAAACUCAUGUAAAGUUGCAGAUAAUUUUUUUUUUAUUAUGCAGACUUAUUUUUUUUUUGUAUGGAAAUAUUUCUUGGGACAAAUUUUAUUGGUUGUCAUGAGCCGGGUGAUCUUCAACUUCUAAUAAAAUACAAGUGUUUGGUAGAUUUUGCUCCUGUUCUUGGUGGGAGGCCGCCCGUGGCUGCACGUUCAGGAAAGGAUUCCUGUUUUUCUAAACCAAUGUGACUUGGCAUCUGCCAAGGGGCACACGAGUAUUGUAACUAUUAAAUCCUGUUGGGUCUGCA